CUCCGCCUUUUUGCCCAUAUAUAGAAGAACCACCCAGGAAAAGGAAGUUGGGCAAAAACCCGGAUGUGGACACCAGCUUCCUUCCGGAUCGGGACCGGGAGGAGGAGGAGAAUCGGCUGCGGGAGGAACUGCGGCAGGAAUGGGAGGCCAAGCAGGAGAAGAUCAAGAGUGAGAGCAAUGCUAUGGGGUGGGAGGGAUCUAUGGGGCUGGGAUCUAUCUAUGGGAUGAAGAAGGGGAACACGAUGCAGCAGUUCCUGCAGAAAGCUCUGGAAAUCCUACGCAGGGACUUCAGCGAGCUGAGGUCGGCGGGGGUGGAGCAGCUGAUGUACAUCAAGGAGGAUCUCAUCAUCCCACACCACCACAGCUUCUAUGACUUCAUCGUCACCAAGGCCAGGGGGAAGAGCGGGCCCCUGUUUAACUUCGAUGUCCACGAUGACGUGAGGCUGCUGAGCGACGCCACCGUGGAGAAGGACGAGUCCCACGCAGGGAAGGUGGUGCUGCGCAGCUGGUACGAGAAGAACAAACACAUCUUCCCUGCCAGCAGAUGGGAACCGUACGACCCCGAAAAGAAAUGGGACAAAUACACGGUGUGGGGCUGGAUA